AAAUCUAGCACCGUGAGACAGAGGUGAAAAAUGCUUACACAGCAAAGUUUCCUUUGUUUGCUUCCUCUGUGUCAUCUUCCAUUUUCUCACUAUUAGACCUCAUUCCUCUGCUUCGUACUCCAAGUCUAUGGCUGGCCCUCUUCUGUUCUGUCGCGUUUCUACAAGCUAGAGUUGUCCGUUUUACUAGUCUCUCUUAACUUAGCACUUCAACUGGGAAAAUGGCUAAAGAUAUCAAAGUAUCUCCUUUGGCAACUUCUUUCGAUUAUGAGCUUUAUGACGGAGAUCCUGAUCAUCUUAGAACUGUUGUUGCUGCACCUACCCCACCUGGUCCUUAUAUUGAUCCUGCAUCAAUCAAACUUAGACACAGGAUUGGGCGUGGAUACUUCGGUGAUGUUUGGUCAGCCACACAUCAUCAGUCAGCUACUGAUUAUGAUGAGAAUCAUGAAGUAGCUAUAAAGAUGUUACAUCCUAUAAAUGAGGAUCAAGUAAAGGCCUUCUUAAGUAAGUUAGAGGAGUUAUGGGUAAAUUUGAAAUCUAAACAACUCCAAGGUGUUUGCUGGUUGCAUGGCAUCUCUAUAAUAUCUGGAAAGAUCUGUAUAGCUAUGAGAUCGUAUGAGGGGUCAAUUGGUGAUAAAAUGGCUCGGCUGAAAGGAGGGAAGCUUCAGUUACCUGAUGUUCUUAGAUAUGGUAUUGAAUUGGCUAAAGGAAUACAAGAGUUGCAUUCAAUGAAUGUCUUGGUUCUGAACCUUAAGGCAACUAAUUUUCUUCUGAAUGAACAUGACGAAGUGUUCCUUGGAGACUUUGGGAUUCCGUAUCUUCUUCUUGGAGUUCAACCACCUGAUUCAGAUCUAGCAUUAAGGCUUGGAACUCCAAACUACAUGGCUCCGGAACAGUGGGAGCCUGAUGUUAGAGGCCCAAUAACUUGCGAGACUGAUGCUUGGGGAUUUGGAUGCAGCAUUAUUGAGAUGUUGACUGGUGUUCAGCCCUGGUUUGGUAAAUCAGUCCAAGAUAUAUAUCGUUCAGUGGUGAUAAACCAAGAAAAGCCACAACUUCCUGGUGGCCUCCCCACUGCAAUUGCGAAUGUUCUCAAUGGCUGUUUUGAGUAUGAUCUCCGCAAUCGGCCUCUGAUGGUGGACAUUUUGCAAACAUUUGAAAGCUCGCAGAAUGCUGUUUAUAGUGAAGGAGAGUGGAGCGACAUAGGAGGGACUCUGUCUGUUGACAAAACCAAAACGCGUGGCUUUACCACAUGGUACCUUUCGAAAGAUCUUCUUCAAGUGGGAGAUACUAUUCGCUCGAGAAAAUUGUUGAACUCUGGAAAGUCUCAAGAUUUGGCUGUGUUGGAAGGAAGUGUUGUUGGUCUGGAGAAAGAUACAGAUCGAGAUGGAUUUGUUCUGGUACGAGUCCCCAAUUUGCCAAGCCCUCUGAGAGUAAAUACAUCAACCAUAGAGAGAGUUACUUGUGGUUUGGCAGCUGGGGAUUGGGUGCGUUUGGUCAAUGAAAAUAAGCAACACUCUUCUUUGGGUGUCCUGCACUCUGUGCAGCGUGAUGGAAAUGUAAGUGUUGGUUUUUUAGGCUUAGAAACUUUAUGGACAGGACAUUCUUCUGAAGUCCAAAAGGUGGUCCCAUAUUUUUUGGGACAGUUUGUGCAAUUGAAAUCAAAUGUUGAAACUCCCCGGUUCGAAUGGCCUCAGAAAAGGGGAGGGGGAUGGGCUAGUGGGAGAAUAUCGCAGAUAUUUCCCAAUGGUUGUCUUCUUGUUCAAUUUCCAGGAAGGAUGGUGUUUGGUGAUGAACCUAAUACUUUCUUGGCUGAUCCAGAUGAGGUGAUUCAAGUGUCUUUUGAUACAUGUCCUGGCAUUGUUGAAAAGUAUCAGCACCUUGAGGAUUUUCACUGGGCUAUUCGACCACUUUCUAUUGCGUUUAGCCUAUUUACAGCAGUAAAGCUUGGUGUAUCUGUAGGAAAAUGUAUUAAAUCUAAGCUGAAGAAGGACCCGAAGAAUCACCAGACCUCCGGUGAUGGUCGUACUCAAGAUGGUGAAGUUGGUGGCAAGUCGGCGUGGCUUCGGCCAAAUGUUGCAAAUAUCCUCUUUAAAGAAGGUGCUGCCGCUGCUACUGCUAGAUAAUCUCUACUUAUUAUUGGUGGAAAUCGUGUCAAUUUGUAGUGGAUUUCCGAAGUACAGUAGCGCAAAACGUUGUAUUAUAUGGCGCUAAACUUUGUAUUUUAUGUGAAUUUGUGAUGUGUACAUGUUUUGUAAAUACAACCUCUGAACAUCUUU